UUUUUUUAAAAAAAAUUAAUACCUUUUUAUUUAUAUGAUUAAAAAAAAGCAAAAAGGAAAUUUAUCUAUUGAACUUUUACCUGAAUUUGGACUGUCUCUUAAUGGAGAACCUGUUUAUUGUCCAGGGUCGGUAUUUCAAGGUAUUGUCCGUUUAUCACUUCCACAACAACAACAACAACAUAAUGCUCAACGUCUUCGUAUUAUUUUUCAUGCUGCCGAGUCAGUUCAGUUACAUUCUACUAUGGCAUCCGUGAUUAGAGGAAGACACCAUCAAUUGUUUGGUUCUCAACGUAUUCUCUGGGAAAAAUCGACUGACAGUCCAUUCCCAAGUAACCAAUAUAUUUUCACCAUUCAAAUGCCAUUAGUACAACAUCCACCGUCUAUGGACUAUGCAAGAUUACGAUAUAAAUGUCGAUUCAAGCUGACUGCCAUUCUCGAUCACCAACCUUCUUCUUCUUCUUCGUUACAACCUUUAUUGACAACACAUCAAUCUGUUCAUUAUCGUCCUUGGAUUCCUACUCGCGCUCUCAAGAUUCCAAUGGUCCGUCAUUCUAAAUGGCUUGUGGUACAAAUGCCCAAUACGGAUUAUGUUGCGGGUGAUACCUUCCAAUUUCAAGUAACCUUAUCACCUUCGGCGCUGGCGUCUUGUAUUAAAUCUUCCUUGGUUGGUAUGCAAGUUAUUAUGGAACUGGUACAAAUCGUCACACUUCCUUGUCAAUUGGAGGAUGAACGUGUUCCACCUUCUGAAACGACAGUAACUCGAUCAACACCUAUUGUGAUUCAUUCUCCUCCGAUCUCGCUUCUUCUUUUGGAUCAACAACAACAAUCAUCCUAUCGACGUACCUCGAUUUCAUCCUCAUCACCUUCUUUAGUACAAUCAUGUAUUCAAACUUGUACUCGUCUCUCCAUGAAGAUCCCCAGUAAUCUACCACCUAGUUAUCAUUACGGUCGUGUCAUCACUGUACAAUAUGAACUUGUGCUUCAUGUCUCGGGCAAGAAACGACAACGAUCACUUUGGACCUCGAUAGGUGAAGAUGAAAUUCGAAUUCCUUUGGUGAUUGGUACUCUUGGUCACGGCAUUCGCAUUCCUGAUGAUCUUUCCAACUAUACUGACUAUUCUGGCAUCUUUGGUGACACGCGUUCUUCCGCAAAUACAUUAACAAGAAUCCCUUCAUCUACACCAUCCAUCGUAUCUCAACAAGAAAAUAAUUCAUCCUCUAUUGACAACAACAACAACAACAACACUCAUUCAUUGCAAACAGUCCCGCCUCCGAAAUUUUUACAAACUAUAGAAUAUGAAAAUGCUUUACCUACUUAUCAUCCAUCCACUUUACCUCCUUAUACUGCUUCCACAUCUUGUACUCAAUGUAUAUCUGUUUAGUAUAGUUUAUUUCUUAUUACUAGUCAUCUUUUUUUUUUUUUUUG